AAUCUAUGAAAUGGAUUAAUCAUCAUUUUAAUAAUUGAUUUAGAACGUAUCAUUUGUAAUAAUUCUAGGAAAGGAAAGAGAUAUUGCAAUGGAAAAUCUAUAAUUUGCUUAGGCUCCAAAACAUGGAGAAAAUUAUGCCAUAAAUUUAUGGUGGAAUCACAAAAUUUUCCUGAAAUUGUGGAAGCCCAAUAAAAGGAUAGAUAAUAUCAACCUUCAACUUUACUUACAUCAUUUCUCCACCCAUGACAACUUGGCUUAAACCAUGAAAAAAAACACUAAAUUUAGGCAAACACCUUUUGACACCAAUAGAUACAUUUGACAAACAUCAAACUUCGGUUUAGGACCUUUGUCUUCCUUUCUUUAGGCGUAAUAGUUCAUCUCUUCCUCCAACAAUCAAAGUGAAACCAAAAAUUAAAAGGAAAAAAGAAAUCACGACGAGGGAGAGUGGCUAACAUAUAUUAAGAACACUCUCCCCCCAAUGGACUCAGCCUCUGUAGAGCUCCCAAGACCGCCUGCGCAUGGCAAGUAUGACUUUCACACAAAUAGGCCUAGGCAACGAAAGGGCGCCUACAUAAAAUGUUUUUGCAUUGCCUUAAUUGUUAUCAUCCUAAUUGCCUUAUGUAUUAAUGCCAUAGUUUUGUUCGUUGCCUUCAAGAAGGCUCAUGUGCCAAAUUUCCAAGUAAAAAAUGUUCAAGUUUCAAAAUUUAGUGUUGCUAACGUGUUAACCGAUCAACAAAAAGUGUUAUCAACAGAUCUUGAUUUUUUCUUUGAAUCCGAUAACAAAAAUCCUUUGGUUGGUGUUGAUUUUGGGAAUAUGGUGAUGGACACGAGUUGGGAUGGUGUACAAGCACAUUUAGGGGAAACCCACGUCCAAAAUUUUGUACAAAAGUCUAAGGGUGUAUCAAAGUUGAAAGUAAGUACCAAAAAUGAGGUUGAACUAAAAAAGAAUGUGAAACCAGAGGAUAUGAAGCUUAAAUUAUCUCUUAGUGGAGAUCUCAAGUUUUUUUCUGGUCCUUUCAAGACCAAACUUUAUCCCUUCAUGAUUUCAUGCAAUGAUAUAUCCAGUGUUUCGGUUAAUGCUGCUUGUACCUCCAAAAUGUAUAACAAUGGCAAAAAACCAGAAGCACCAUUGAAGCCAAAGUCACCAACACCACCACAAACACCAAAAGUAAUGCCAAAUGAUGCAAGUCCAACAGCAGAAGGGCCAACAGCGGAAGGGCCAGCUGCGGAAGAGCCAGCCGAUGAGCCUCCAUCGUCACCUCCGGCGAAAUCAUUCCCACCAGUCAAACUCACCGUCCAAGACAAAUAUGUAAUUAUGGAUAACGGAUUUCUGCAAGCUACAAUAGCCAAACCUGGUGGAUUUGUCACUGGCAUCAAAUACAAUGGAGUUGAUAACAUUCUUGAUACAGUCAAUCCAGAAGAUGAUAGAGGGUAUUGGGAUGUUGUUUGGGCUCCACCUGGUACAAAAGGAACCAAAGGAAAUUUCCAAAGGAUAAUCGGUACUGACUUUCGAGUUAUUCUUGAAAAAGAAGAACAAUUAGAAUUAUCGUUUAAGAUAUCAUACGAUCCUGCUACUGGUGGUAAAAAGGUUGCUCCAAUGGAAAUAGAUCAAAGGUAUGUGAUGCUUCGUGGAGUAUCUGGUAUAUAUGCCUACGGUAUCUUUGAGAGGGCAGCUUGGCCUGCUUUUGGUAUGCCUAAUGCUAGGCUUGCUUUCAAGCUUCAAAGACAGCAGUUUAAGUACAUGGUGAUUGCAGAUAAUAGGCAAAGAGAAAUGCCUGCACCCGAGGAUCGUAUGAAGAAUAGAGCUGAAGAGCUUAUUUAUCCUGAAGCAGUGAUAUUGAAGAAUCCUACCGAUCCACAAUUUAAAGGAGAGGUGGAUGACAAGUACCAGUAUUCAAUGGAAAGCCAAGACAUACGAGUACAUGGGUGGAUCAGUAAAGACCCGCCUACUGGAUUCUGGCAAAUUACUCCCAGCUAUGAGUUCCGUUCGGGCGGGCCCAACAAACAAUUCCUCACCUCUCACGUCGGCCCAUCCACUCUUGCUAUGUUUGUAAGUGCACACUACUCAGGAGAAGACCUAAUACCGAGAUUUGCUGAAGGAGAACCAUGGAAUCAUAUAUAUGGCCCUAUGUUUAUGUAUAUGAAUAAUGUGACCACCGGACAAGAUCUUCCUUUGCUUUGGGAUGAUGCUAAAGAAAGGAUGUUAUCUGAAGUCAAACAAUGGCCAUACAGCUUCCCAACAUCAGAAGAUUUCCCUAAAGCCAAUGAACGAGUUAAUGUUACUGGACGAUUUUUCGUUCAUGACAGAUAUCUGAGCAAAGAAAAGGGGCCAGCAAGAAAUGCAUUCAUUGGACUAGGUCCACCAGGAGAAGCAGGAUCUUGGCAAAGGGAUAGCAAGACUUACCAAUUCUGGACACGAACAGAUCAGCAUGGGAAUUUCACAAUUUCAUUUGUACGAGUUGGCAGCUACAACCUUCAUGGUUGGGUUGAUGGCUUUAUUGGAGACUUUAAACACAAUGUGCCUAUCAACAUAACAGUAGGACAGAAUGUAGAUGUGGGUGAGGUUGUGUUUGAGCCACCGAGGGAUGGACCAACCUUAUGGGAAAUAGGCGUUCCUGAUCGUCUUGCAAGGGAAUUCUUCAUCCCUGAUCCUAAUCCAAAAUACGUCAAUAAGCUAUAUGUUAAUCACCCUGAUAGGUUUAGGCAAUACGGUUUGUGGGAAAGAUAUGCAGAAUUAUAUCCAAAGGAUGACUUAGUCUAUGAUGUUAAUGCAAGUGAUUACUCAAAGGAUUGGUUCUAUGCUCAAGUCACAAGGCCAUUAGGUGGAAGGUAUAAUGGAACCACAUGGUCAGUCAAAUUCAAUCUGGAUGAUGUUGCAUUAGAUGCAACCUACAAACUCAGGUUGGCUAUAGCCUCUGCCACCAAUUCCGACUUGCAGAUACGAUUCAACAAGCCAAAACCAAGUCCUCCAAUCUUUACAACUGGGAAAAUAGGUAAUGAUAACUCAAUUGCAAGGCAUGGUAUUCAUGGACUUUAUUGGCUUUACAACGUAGAUGUCAAAGGAAGUGAACUCAACAAAGGCAGCAAUACUCUAUUUUUGACUCAAUCAAAGGGAGUAAGUCCUUUCCAAGGGAUCAUGUAUGAUUAUCUUCGGCUCGAAGGCCCUCCAACCAGUCCUAAGUGAAGACAUGGGUAAUAAAAGAAAGAAAAAAAAAGCUAACCCACUAAUUAAAAAGUCUAAAAUUGAUUCAAUCCUCGAUCAAAUCAAUGAAAAUAACAAUGAUGCAUCUUGCACAAAUUUAUACUCCUGAAUCCUGAUAUACUAUGGUCAAUCCUAAUACUAUUAGGGGGCUGUUUUUUGGUGACAUUUUGGGAGCUGAUUUCUCUAACCCUUUUUGUUGUUACUUGUUUAAUUAUUUCUACCAAUUUACUUUUAGGAGAGGACACUUUUUUAAAACUUUUUUUCGUCUAAUUAGUAUUAUUGAGUUACCAACUAACCAUUGAUGUGUAUAUGUAUUUUUCUUUUUAGUGUAGAAAGAUGAGGUGAUUUUUGCCAUAUAUUUCUUGGUUAUCUACAUAUAUCUUACUUUUGCUAGCUCUAUAUGCACGUGUUCCAUGAUAUGUAGUACCCCCUAUCUCUAACAGUUAGGUGAUUGUAUCUCAAAAUCACACAGAUUUGGAUUAAAAAGUUAGGCUUAUUUAACUUCAAUAGUUUUUUUUUUUUUUUGUUUGACACCAUUUAACUUUACAGUUGUUUAUAUGAGUAAUUAACUUUUGGAAAAUAAUUAUCAGUUGAAAAUGUUUCCCUCAAAACCAUAUGCAGACACGUAGUACGUCUUAGUCUUAUGGAAACAAUAAAAUGAAUAAAGGUGAACAUGGCGGUAAAAAAUCUGAUAAUGCAAUAAUUAUGCAAGCAAGGUAUUUCAAUAUCCUUUUGAAAACACAUUACAUUUGAAACUCAAAAAUAAAUCACAAUUAACAAAUAACAAUACAAAAUGAUAUGGAAUAACUAUUAAUUAGCACCACAAUACCUUUAACCUGCAGUAAGAUUGCACGAGUAAUUUAGUUAGAAUUUUGAAUCUCCCUUUUCUUCUUCUCUGCAGCAUCUGUCGCGUUUACUUGCAUCUUAGCUGUUUGUAAAUCAGCUAUUGUUGCUUCCUUCUCGUUUCUUGCC